CUGAGAGUCGCGGCGUGCGCGGGCAGCCGCCGGCCUUGCCGCACCGCCUGCAAACGAGCAAGAUGCGCUGCCAGCUGUGCUGACCUUGCCUUCGCCCUCACUCAUCCUCCAUCAUGUCUCGUCCGCAUCUCGUCUCGCGGCACUCUGACGACUCCGACUCUGACCAUGACUUUGGCACUCCUCCGCACUCUUCCAUCCCGCUGCACCUCCUGCACGGCGAUCACACUCCGCCGUCGCGCUGGUCCUCCACCACGCCGGCGGAUCUGACCGCGCGCUUCACCGACGAUGACGACCGUGUCAUCCCGUCCGACGCCUACGUCCACUCCGCCGGCCCCUCCUCGUCGCCCUUUGUCUUUCCCGCAGAUGGCGCGCCGCACGUGUACGACGACGAGAAGCGCCCCGCCACGGGCGAGCACAGCCACGUGGCCUCCUCUGCCAACUCGAGCGACGACGAGACAGACGACUUCAACUGGGAGUCGUCCGACGACGAUCCCGACGCCGAGGUAGACCGCGAUGGCGUGCGGCGCAUCCGUGCCAAGCGUGGCCGCCGCCUCUAUCUGGCACUCAUGAACCUGGCGCGCCCCGUGCGCAUUCUCAUCAUCGGCCUCUUCGGCACGGCCAUCGCCAUGGUCCCGUUCAUUGUGGUGCUCCUCGCGUUCCGCGACAACCCGGUGACGCCGCAGGUGCAGGUGUGGAGCAUCUGGAUCUCCAUCAUCUGGGCCGCGUCGUGCGGCACGUUUCUGGUGCUCAAUCUCGUGCCGCACCUGCUCGAGCGCAUCGCGAUUGGCAUCUGGGGCAAGGUGCCCGUGGCGUUUGGGAAAUACGUCGAGGUCUUCAAGGCCACGCUCAUCUGGUUCAAGCUCGUGCUGUGCAUCGCGUGGGCGUGGAUCUCGCUCGGCGGCGUCGUGGCGAUCCAGUUCAACUCGACGACCAAGAUCCGCCCCUCGUACUUCCGCUACAUCUUCCUCACGAUCCAGGCGCUCUUCGGCUCGUCGGUGAUUCUGCUGGCAGAGAAGGUGCUGCUGCGGCUCAUUGCGACCAACUUCCACCGCACGGCCGUGGCGGACCGGCUCGAGACGAACAAGAAGGCGCUCAAGGCGCUGGACAAGCUGCACGAGAGUGCCUACGUCAAGGGCAGCACGGGCGCGAGCCGCCGCAUGACGCCCAUGUGGGGCCGCCUCGGCUUCGGCCAGAGCCGUCCCGCCAGCCCCGGACCCAAUACGCCUGGCGCUGGCCACGCAAGCAAGCCCAGCCGCGACGGCCUCGGCGGCUACUUUGCCCCCGCAGCCGGCGGCUCCGGGCCUGCCGCGACGGACGCGCCGCAGCCGCGCCACGGCCACCACCACCGCGCCAAGGAGAGCCAGGGCGGCAGUGGCGCCAAGACGCCCACGCUCGAUGCUCACGGGCAUCCGACCAAGUCGAAGCGCUUCGCCCACCAGCUCACCGAUGCGCUGCACGCCGCGACGAACAAAGACGGCCGCCUGUACAAGGGCCGCACCGUCGGCUCGCAGCAGUCGGCCCGCCGGCUGGCGCGCAAGCUCUUCAUCAACCUCGGCCACCACCGCGACACGCUCGUGGCCGACGACUUCCUGCCGUACUUCAAGACGGACGCCGAGGCGCGCGAGGCCUUUGGCUUCUUCGACGCCGACAAGAACGGCGACAUCAGCAAGUCGGAGAUGCGCGACGCCGUGCAGCGCAUCUACCGCGAGCGGCGCGCGCUGGCGACGAGCCUGCGCGACAUGGGCUCGGCCGUGAGCAAGCUCGACGGCGUGCUCCUCGGCCUCGUGCUCAUCAUCGUCGUCUUCAUCUGGCUGCUCAUCUUCAACCGCUCCUCGACGCUGGCCAACAUUGUGCCGCUCUCGACGUUUGUCGUGGGCUUCUCCUUUGUGUUUGGCAACUCGGCCAAGACGAUCUUUGAGAGCAUGAUCUUCAUUUUCGCGACGCAUCCGUACGACGUCGGAGACCUGGUGUGCAUCGACGAGAACUGGAUGUUCGUCGAGUCCUUCGGCAUGCUCUCCACCACCUUCCGCACCGUGACGAACCAGUACAUCGUCGCGCCCAACAGCCUCCUCGCGAGCCAGAAGUACAUCUUCAACUCGCGGCGCAGCGGCGCCACGUGGGAGGUCACGUACCUGCAGCUCAGCUUCGACACGCUCGUGCAGACCAUCGACGAGCUGCGUGCGCGCCUGCGUGCCUUUGUCAAGGAGAACGACCGCGACUGGGGCGGCGGCCUGGACGUCAACUACGACCAGGUGUCGAAGAUGAAUUCCGUCUCGCUCAUCAUUGCCAUGGAGCACAAGGGCAACUGGCAGGACUGGGGCGCGCGCUGGGCGCGCCGGACAAAGCUGAUGCGCCACAUCAAGACGGUGUGCGACGAGCUGAGCAUCGAGUACCAGCUGCCGCCGCAGCCCGUCACCUUCCACCCGCAGAGCGGCCGCGCGCCGUUCCAGGCGCCCGCCUCGGCGCGCGGCACCAACUUGGGCGCCGCUCGCGCCGCAGGCGGCAUGUCCAGCGCUUCGGGAGCGACCGGUGGCGGCGGACCUGGUGGUGGCAUGAUGCCGGUUGGCCUCAGUGGCCGCCGCACCGGGGGCACCUCAUAGUCGCCCGCCUCCCGCUUCUCUCUCUUCCCUCAGCCACGCCCGCCCAUCAUGACCACCACACAUCUUCACGCCCUCCGUCCUUCUCUCACAUCACGCACAUACAAACAUUAGAGCACUUGUCCUGACUUACUUCGGCAGUGCAGACGGCCGGCCCGU